AUGGAUCCCUUCGACCGAUUUCUCCAAGCCCUGCAAGACAACUGGCGGUUUUCGAGGGCCAACGUUGCUGUUGAUUUGAAUCCUGACAGUGGAGCGGAUGAAAGUGAAAAAGAAGGGCAAGAGAGAGGUGAUGUGGGUGGCGGUGACCAUGGAGGUGUGGCCCUGCCGGUAGAUGAUGUGGAAGAUUCUACUGUUGGCGACGAAGCAGCAGUGACCAUGGUUCCCCCAGAAGAAGACAAGGACACUAAUGCGGCUGCUGCAGGCAACGAGAGGGAAGGACCGGAAAGAUCACUCGUCAAUGAUCCUGAAGGUGUCCUGUCGUACCUGGCCGAAUCGGCUCCUCACUUGGUGGGAGUGCCAACAGGUGACGGGUGGUUCCCUGUUGCUCUCGCCAUGGUGCAAGGCAGGCACAGUGACCUUGAUGUCCGCACCCUUGCAAACGUUAACCCCGCAGGCCUUUGUUCCAACCUGUAUGUCGAAAAGAAUGCUCUCAAGGGUGUAUUGCGCUGCAGGAGAUGGAAUCGAGGCCUGAUUCAGCACCUCUUUCAGCUCAGUCCCAUGUGUUAUGACCAGUCUUUGCGGUUUCCUGGUAAUGUGUUGGAAGAGGACGAAGAUGAUGAUGUGCGCAUUGAGGGCCAAGUCGUUGCUCCUGUAAGGCCGGUCAACAAGAACAAUCCUUUGAACCGUUUGUUUCUGGAUAUGGAUUGUGCUCAUGGGAUGGUACCCAUGCUAUUACGUUGUGUGAAGUUUCACAAUUAUUGCCAGAAGUGGCAGAGCAAUGCCUUUAUCGAGGUUAUGCACAACCUAAUGGCAAGCCCAAAGCUUCGGGAGAUAAUCACUUGCGUUCCCAACACUAUGGAAUUCACAUCCAACCAGCAGUGGUUUCGAACUCCUCAGUUCAAAUCGUUGGCAUCCCGCUCCAAGGUUCAGCAUUUGCAGAUAUGGGAUGGGGUGGAUAAUGCAUGUUCCCACAGCUUGCUGAAAGACUGUGCGUUGAAUUUGCAAUAUAUCUUGUGA